UUGGAUAUGCGAGGCAUGUCACGUGAUGAGAUUUGUGAUGUCGGCUUGUAAGGCGUUCAAGCAAAUAGCGAGAGAAGAGGCAUUGAAAUUGGACGGGUUUCGACAUGCUUGUCACGCUAUGCUUUAUGCACCGUGUGGAGAAAAAUUGUUUGGCACUUACCCUAUCCGCCAUGCUGUGAUGUUGCAGAUGCGUUUUGAUGGCAUGAUUGGUUUUCCUGGUGGUUUGGUAGACGAAGGUGAGGACCUUGAAAUGGGUCUGAAUCGAGAAAUAUCUGAGGAGUUGAGCUCAAAGGCAGAAGACAUCCAACUGACUGCAGACCACUACCUAAUGUCUCAUUACAGUACCGAACAGCAUCUCUGCAUUCAUUUUUACACGAAAUGCAUAGGAUACGAUCUAUUUGUACAAUUAGAGAGAAACGCUACUUCUGCUGCAGAUCACGGUCUGGAGGUUCUAGGAGUCAUUCGAUGCCCUUUGUACGUAUGGAGACGAGAAUUAGGAUUGCCAGCAUUCCUUCUCAACAACUUUGUAGGGAACGCUCGACAUCAGCUUCUCUACGCUCUAGAACAUGAACACAUACUUAGCUCAAGAGAGAUAAAAUCAGCUCUGACUCUAAGCGAACAGCUAAAGGUAAAGAAGGAGAGAGGUGAGGUCUAGACGUUGCAGCAUGUACAUAGUGUGUGUACACUGACCAUAUGACACUUCACAGUCGUUGAUGUGAAAGUUAUUGUGUGUACUGUCUAGACAUAUUGUUUAAUUAAUUAAUCAUUUGUUUGCAUAUUUCUUGUAUUUUAGAAGUUAUUUAAAUUAUUAGUAUUAUAGACGACACGUUGGACAAUAUUUAGUCUAGUACAUAGC